AAAAAGUCUUUUCCCGCCAUUUUGCUCCCCGGCCCCAAUAAUUUGGCGCGUCAAUUCAGAAACUCGGAAGCAACACAGAGUAGUCACAGUUUGAGCUUGCAUUGCACUGUUUUUGGCUUCGGCGCCGCAAGUGAAGUAACAAAGCGAUGGAAAUUGUUCGACCUCAGAGUCAUAGGAACUUAUUUUCCUCUAACGACGCCGUUUCUGUUCCAUCUCUUCCCCUCUAUCGCUCUGCUCCGCCACUCGAAGUCAGACUCGAAGAUUUCGAGUCCUUCGCCAUCGAUCGCCUCCGAGUUCUUAAAGGGAUUUCUGAUGGUUUAUCACGGGGGAAGAAACCGGAAGAAAUGGAAAAAUUGGUAAAAGAACUGUGGAAAGUGAAUAUGAGACACCAGCAUGCUUCUGAGGUUCUAAACAAGGAUAUUAUAUCUCAUUUUGUUUUGCGUCUGGUGUAUUGCAGAACGGAGGACUUGAGGAAAUGGUUUCUGUCUAUGGAAUGUGCACUUUUUCGCUACCGUUUUCGUUUUCUAACUCCUGAAGCCCAGAGGGCAGUCAUGGACAAUUUUGAUCUUACUUGCAGGGCUGUUAACAAUGUGGAAUUUGAGAGCAUAAAAGAGAAAUUGGGACAAGUUGCCCGUUCCAUGGGUCAGCCUUCACCAACUGUGGAUGCUAUCUUUUACAAGGUACCAUUUGAAGAAGUUCCAGAACUUGUAGCUGGGCGUAAAGUGUUUAUAAGUCAAGGAUAUGCUUAUGUUGCAAUGAAUCAGGUUGUUUCACUUGUAGCCACACUAUUUCGCAGUCAGCUGUCUAAGACGCUCAUCCUUACUAACAGGGUUGCGAUAAAUUGUUGCAGAAAAUGGACAUCUUCAAUCAGAGAACAAGAGAAACAUAGGUUGACUCCUAUUGUGGAAGCCUUGUCCUCAAGUUAUCUGGGUCCAGAUUUUUCUCAGCCAAGAGAAUAUGCUGAGAUAUCAUUAAAGGACAUUGAUCAAGUUGCUAAGAGCUCAUUUCCUUUGUGCAUGCGUCACCUAUUUGAUAAGCUGAAAGAGGACCAUCAUUUAAAGCACGGUGGAAGGAUGCAACUUGGCCUGUUUCUCAAGGGUGUUGGUUUGAACCUGGAGGAUGCACUUGCAUUUUGGAGAGCUGAGUUCUCUAAAAAGGUUGGUUUGGAGAAGUUUGAGAAAGAUUAUUCAUAUAACAUACGCCAUAAUUAUGGAAAGGAAGGGAAAAGAACUGAUUAUACACCCUAUUCUUGUCAGAAGAUUAUUUCAUCAACUCCUGGUGCUGGAGAUCAGCAUGGUUGCCCCUAUCGACAUUUCAGUGAAGAGAAUUUAAGAGCUGCUCUCAGCAGAAUGGGAGUGAACAGUCGAGCAAUGGAAGAUGUGAUGGACAAAGUGAGAAAUAGGCAUUAUCAGUUAGCAUGUACGUUGACAUUUGAAGCUCUUCACGGCAUGACAUGUGAUGCAGGGAUUAACCAUCCAAAUCAAUAUUUUAGUGAUAGUCAAAAGAUAUUGCAGCCAAAGAAGGAUUCUUCGGCCCAAAAUUUGGUUACAGCAAGAGAGUGAUAUGCUAGCUGCCAUUCACAGGUGUGUCAGUUGGUUUUUAUAGCAAUAGAUGUACAGAAGAAGACAUAGAGAAAUCUUUUACCAGCUUCCAAAGUGAUUAUUAGGUGGAAUUAGCAUUCCAGUUAUAUGUUCUCCACUAAGUUUGCGUUCGGGAAUCUGGCACCAUGGGGUAUUUAUUGAUAAGUUGUAAUACUGCAUUCUAUAUGCAUCUUUGUAGAAACUGGUCUGCUGCAUGUAAUCUGGUUGUAGGGAAUGGAUCUUGAUAUUUGUGUUAACCUCUUGGGUUAUUAAUUAGAACAAGUUUUGAUAGGUUUUUAUUUAUUGUUUUGUUUAUAAGUAGAGGCACAAGUUUCAUUCUUGUAAAAUUUUAGCAUUGAAAGGAUUCGUUCCCCAUGUUA